UACCACUUUUCCUCUCAGACUGCAGAUUCAGGAGGAACUGGAGAAGAGGACACAACAGUUCAACAGUGCAUUGCUUUGUCUCCUCUCGGCACCUGCCUUCUUUUCUCUGAGUCACCUUCAAGCACACCACCUCCAUGCUCUGCUGUCACGACUGGGUUCUCGGAGUUGAGCUUGAGACGUCGUCUAAGUCGGGGUUCGGACAUCUCACCGUCUUCUCAACUGACUCCCUUACCCUCUCUUGCCGUACAAAAGCCGAUUUGCCUGACAAUCUACUCAAUUCUCGCUCAAUCGCAUGCCAAAUUCACCCUAGUGAAGAGUCGGGAUUUGCAUUUGCCUGCACAGCUUGGCGAAAGAGUCAAUCAAGUUGUGGUUGUCACUGCCUCAAUCUCUUUGGAUGAUUCUAUGGUGAUAAUUGGACUGUCAAAUGGUCGUUUGUGGAUUUACUCACUAGACGAGAUUGGAUGGGUAGUGUGCAUUGCCUCCUCAAUACCUCUGAAAGCCAAUCCGUUCUUUUCGGCACUCAUGAGUGCUCGUACACCACGUCCAAAACCGGAAUGUUCACCCCUAGAUUCGAGUGUGUCCUACGAUAAUCCCAAACUGGUGGAUUUCGCACUAACUGACGGAAAAGUUGCCAAAGCAUGCAUUUUUAUCCAUUGGCCAAAUCAGUCCAAAGUGCCAGUCAAUCCUGGUGGUUGGGUGCCUCCUUGCAAUCCCCUUGUGGCCGCGGCGAUCGAUAAUCUGGUUUUGGUAUGGGCCUUUGAGAACAAGCUUCCGGAAAAGGUGGAGGAUCUACAGAAUCCAGAAAACAUUGUCACCAACAGUCGAGCACAGUUCUGUCUCCCUUGCUCACCGACAGCCACCAUUACCACUCUAGACAGUCAGCCUUUCGAAAAUUACUGUCUGAUUGCUGCUGGGCUAACGAAUGGGCGUGCUGUGAUUUGGAGUCUCCCAGAGCGUCACAAAAUCUUCGACGUAUGCGUUCAUUGCACACCGGUGUCGAGUAUACGUCUCUCGCCUUAUGGAUAUUGUCGCUCGCCAACAGCCACCCCCACCUCAUCACCCCCGGGCCUCGCAACUAUUACCGCAUCGGAUCUCGUUGCUGUGACAACUGCUGCUGAAGAUGGUGUGGUUAAGGCUUGGGAAUUCCCCUGGCAAUGCACUAAGAGGCCGCCUUCUACGGUGUGUUGGAAGUUGUUUUUUCAUAUUAGGAAUUUUUGCCUAUUUUCUUUUUAUCCUGUACACGUCGAUCAAACUUUCCUUGUUACUAUCAUUUCAGCGACCAUUUCUGUUGACAUCGUUCAUAAACUAUUCCCUGACUUCUUUUAA